AUGAAACUUGCAACACUGCCCCAAGGGAUCUUCCUAGCGGUUCUUCUCCUGUCAUCGACCGUCUGGGCAAAGUACACAUGCGCCCACUGUGGGAAAGGAGAUGCUGACAUCAAGGUGACAGGCCACCAGCUCGAGGAAAUGGACACAUGCGGCUUCGACCUUGGCGCCCAAGGAUCCUGCGCACGCCAAUGCCGGAAGCAGAUCUUGUGGUGUAAGGCAUGCCACAAGUGGACGGGCCGGAAUGUCCCGGGCGAUGCGACCCUCACUGCAUGUGGUCAUCAUCAACAUUAUUACCAGGUCGAUCCUAUUACUGGGGUUAGAGCACCGCCCCUCAUCCCAUACAAAGAGCCUGGCGCACCGCCCCCCAUCCGAUCCAAACGACCAAGAGGCAGGCCGCCUGGAAGUGGAAGUGCCAGGCGUAAAAAAGGUCCAACCAAUGCAGAAGACGCUUCAACCUCAGCAGCGGACGAUUCAACCUCAAAUGCUCCUCGGGUAUACUAUAACUGGUUGUAA